AUGUGCAUGCACAACGGCGCUGUCCCUCUGGGCCUCUCUCUGGUCCGGGAGCUGCGCUGCCUGGGCAACCAAGAGGUCAUCCAGAUCUACCACUGCUUCCCCGAGGAAAUGUCGAAUAAUUCCCGCAAUUUACUGCUCGAAGCGGACAAUAACCUCGAAAUUGUGGACGUCUGCACGGAUCUUGUAGCCAAGGGGAAAUUAACCCAAGACCGAGCCCGCCACUUCCGCAGCUGGUGGAUUAAACCUCUAGCUAUGUAUCAUACCGAUAUUAAGGAGGUUCUACUCGUGGAUAUCGACGAUAUCUUCCUGCGAGACCCCGCAGUGUUAAGAGCAACCGAGGGAUACAAGAAGACAGGCACCACCUUCUUCUAUGACCGCGUCUUGUCCAGUAAAGAAUUCUUUAACCAAGAUGUGGACGGAGAGCAAUACCUUAGGAAACUACUUAAGGAGUUUGACUAUGCCAAGUACGGCCUACCUAUGGGGUCCACACCAUCGAAGCAUCUAAGCCCCCAAACGUCCUACGCGUGGCGUCGCCAGACGUCGCAUGAGCAGGAUUCGUCUCUUGUAGCCAUCGACAAGUCCCGCGCGGGAAAAGCCCUGGACAUCAUGCUGUUCCUCAUCACAGAGCAACAUUUUGUCCAUGAAUUCUCGUACGGAGACAAGGAAACGUUCUGGCUCUCGUAUGAGCUAGCAAAGCAGGAGUAUUUCUUCUCCCCCUGGGGGGUCUCAGGCAUCUCGUCGUCUACGAACAACGACAUGGAGAACCACAACGACACCUUGUGUGGUAGUAUCGUACAGUACAUGCCCGUAGAAGACGAAACAUCGGAAGUUUUGUAUGUGAACGGGAAGGCGCUACUCAAUCCGUUCCCCGUGUCGAUGGACAAAUUGGGUACAGCGAGUCACAAUGUGCUGUUUAAUACAAACCCCACGCACGUCACGACUCGGCAACAGCGGAGAGGUAAUGGCCACACCAACACAGGCUACAAGGGAGGAUACGCCAUGGAGUGUCUCAUCGGGUUUGGAUCCGAGCAAAUGCCGACCAAGUUUGCACCGCAGUUGCUGCGACGGCGCAUGUUCUACUUUGGUGUUCGUAUGGGUGUGCUGUCGGCUCUUGAUCAGUGCUUCCCCUUUGACGGAAUGAAAUAG